AUUAGUUCAGCAGUUGUUCUUUAUCCGCACUGUUGGAUCUUUGAAUCGAUAGUGUAUCUCAACCCCCUCAUAUCUAACAUAAAAUAAGAAGGAAAAGUCUUUUCGUUAUAAUAAUUUAUUGAAAUAUAAUAAAAUUAUUUUUGUGUGUGUUACUAGUGAGAUAUCUAAUAAUAUUUUAUUAGUGAUAAGUUUUCUCGUCUAUGGAAGGAUAUUAAAACGUAUUAGAAGAUCUAAAAGCCGAACCAUGAAGUAUAUCAAGUGGACGUUGAUGUUAACAUCAUUUUGGUUUGUUUUCGUUAAAGCAGAACCGUCGGUACAUAUUCUUGCCGAAAAUCUAGAACAAUUCAUCACGUCGACGACGUUAGAAUGGAUCCCGUACAACGAUAAAAUUUCUUUAAGGAAUGCCGUCGUAGCAGCAUAUCAAAUUGUUGAAGAACCUAAAAAUAACGAAGCUGAACUAUCCGAAAAUGAAACAGGAGAGGACGAUCUAACGAAACGACCAGUUUACGUCUGUCGUGCCAAAAUUAAUAGCGUUUGGGUAUCGGGUCAAUUGAGACCCACUAAAAAUGUUUGUGUAGUUUCACUUUAUGGGAAAGUUACCGAUUAUAAGGAAUUUGAUGUAUUGAUAAGUAUAGAAGACAGCGCCAAAUUGAGUUGGGUUCAUAAAGAUAAAUACACGCUUAUUUCACAAGGAGCUGUUACCAACGGUGAAAAUGUUUUGAGGAGUUUUGUUGCAAGAAGAGCCGCCAAUAGCCACGAUAAGGAAGGUUCUUUAUCGCAUUAUAUAGGUAAAUUCACGCCGUCUGAAAAUUUAGGUAUGUUUUACGUCGUAGAUCAAAAUAACAUAGAAAUUCCAUACGAAGAUGGUGAACUUCUUAUCGAAACCGAACCCAUAUCUUACGAAUUGAAAAAUAUCAAAUUCGCCCGGAUUAACAAACACCAUCCCAAGAAACAACAAGUAUUGGGACACGCGAUAUUAAAAAACGAAGAAAAUACUUUUCAAAGAGUCGAAUCCGUCAUCAAUUACAGUUACGAUUACAAUCUAUUUUGGGGAAAAGGACAUGGACUUUUAACGGGAUUGCCUCUAAAAGUUAAUUUACCUUCUGGUAAUCAAAUCAACGGAUCUUGGGCUUUGCAUUACGUAGCGCCUCAAGUUGAAUUAGUUCCGGUGGAAAGGUUUUUGGAAGCCGGUACCGCUGUCAAUGUGACGCUUCUCGGUAACUACACCGAAUUGGAAAUACCGUACACGGCGACAAUUGUCCAAAAUUAUAAAGACGGCGAAAAAAGGGAAAUAAUUAUACGAGAUACUAAAAGAGAAAACAAAAUGAUGGAAAUUAUAGCCGAAUACACACCCGCCUAUUAUUUACAUAAUAAUUCUCUUGUUCCUACAACAACAACAACUUCGACUACCACCACUACCACCAUAAGUACCACAACGAAGCUCACGACGACUACACAAGAAGUCGUUCCAAUAGCUUCUCCGGAAUCGAUAAAUAACAAGCAAGCCGAUAAUUUGCAAUCGAGUGAGAAGAAAGUAGACGAAGAACAAAAUUCCACAAUGGGAGAAACGCGAGAAAGCAAAUCGAAUAGUUCGAAUGUAUCGGUUACAAAUAGUAUAAUUACUUGUUUAACAGUAUUACUCUUCCUUCUGUUUGGACACGCGUAAAGAGAUUUUUUAAAUAUUUGAAGAAACAAAUAAAAAAGUUGGCGAAUAUUUCGAAAGUGAAAAUUGAUCAAGUCAACUUCACACCAUUAGAUAAAUAUACACCUCAGAUAUCAAUAUUUACAUAAUAAUUCGUUAUUGUAUAUUUCAGUUACAUAAUUGAGCAAAAAAAUAUCGCAAUUAAAUUACAGGGACGUAGUUAGGGUAUACGGCGCACUUGGCGAAUUGUACUGGUCCCUCUAGGUAAAAGGGGGGAUAUUUUUGCAAUUUUAGGUGCAAAAUGUUGAGCUUUUCGUACUUGUCGAAAGUUUUAAUCGAAUAUUUAGGUAACAUAGCUGCCAAUUUAA